AUGGGAGAACUGACUUUCUUCCUUGGACUUCAAAUUCAUCAAUUAGAUGAAGGAAUCUUUAUAUGUCAGACAAAGUACAUGAAGGAGCUGAUACAAAAAUUCGAAAUGAGCAAUGCCAAGGCACUUGGGACUCCUAUGAGUCCAACUGUAUCUCUUGACAAAGAUGAGGAAGGAAAACUAGUGGAUGAAUCAAAAUAUCGCACAAUUAUUGGAUCUCUACUUUAUUUAAUUGCUAGACGUCCUGACAUAAUGUUUAGUGUGUGCAGAUGUGCCAAGUUCCAAGCAGCUCCAAAGGAGUCACAUUUAGCAUAUGUGAAACGAAUUAUUAGAUAUCUGAUUGGAACUACAUCACAUGGAUUAUGGUAUCCACGUCUUAAUAAUUUUAAGCUUGAAGGCUUUUCAAAUGCAGAUUUUGCAGGAGAUAAAGAUGACACGAAAAGCACAAGUGGAACAUGUCAACAACUUGGAAAAUCGCUUAUUUUCUAG